GGGACAGAACGGACAGGACGGCAGCGAGGGAGGCAGCAUGGGGCUGGAGCUGUACCUCGAUCUGCUCUCGCAGCCUUGCCGGGCGGUUUUCCUCUUCGCCCGGUGCAACAACAUCCCGUUCGAGUUCAAACGGGUGGAGCUGAUGAAGGGGCAGCAUAGGACCGAGGAGUUCAGGAAGGUGAACAUGCUGAUGAAAGUGCCUGCACUGAAGGAUGGUUCCUUCACCUUGGCAGAGAGCGUUGCCAUCCUCAUGUACCUGGCCCGGAAAUUCAAGACUCCCGAUCACUGGUAUCCCUCUGACCUGCAGAAACAGGCCAGAGUUGAUGAGUUCCUGUCAUGGCAGCAGGCCAACAUUCGUGGGAAGGCGAGCAAGGUGUUCCUUUGUAAGGUGCUGAUUCCUCUCCUUGCAGGCCAGCCACUGCCUUCAGAGAAGUUGGAAAGUGCUACUGAGGAGCUGAACGUUGUCCUGAAUCAGUUUGAGGAGAAGUUCUUGCAGGGCAAGCCCUUCAUUGCGGGCAGUGAGAUCUCCUUGGCAGACCUCGUGGCCGUGGCGGAGCUCAUGCAGCCUGUUGCUUCUGGCCACAACUUCUUUGAGGAGAGGCCCCAGUUGGCGGAGUGGCGCAGGAGGGUGGAAGAAGCCGUGGGGAAGCAGCUCUUCCAGGAAGCACACGAAGAGAUCCUGAAUGCCAAGAAUGUGCCCGCUGAGAAAAUGGCACCUGAGCUGCGGGAGCACUUAAAGCAACAGCUCUUAAAGCAAAUCAAUUAGAACAAAGGGUGUCACACUCCAAUUAAAAUGAAUUAUUUUGUGUAAGCUUUUAGUAAAAUUUCAAUAUUUCCUCCAGUAAUAGUACAAAAAACUGCAUUCCAGAAAAUGCGCUUCAAUUACAGUCUUUUUGCAACUUAGAAGGGAAGAAAACUACAUCUUGGACUGCAGGCAGGCAGCCCUUGGCUGCUUCCCCUGCCCAGAGGGUAAGGGAGCUCCUGGCCACUAGAGGCUGCUGUGUUACAGAUCAGAGCAAAGGGACCCUCGGAGCGAGGGAGCUGUGCGAGUUUUCGAGUGAGGUCUGAGAAGGAUAGGGUGAAGCCCAUGAACGAAGAUCCUCAACAACAGCCUUAUGCCAUCGUUUACAUAGCUUAUGCACAGUUGAGAAAAGCUGGUUUUCUAGCUGAAAUCACUGCCAACCACGUGGGAGCCUUCCUCAAACCACAUCGGUGCUCCAUCCCUUCCUCAGACAGCUCUAUGGAAUGCAUUUAAACCAGGUUCCCCGCUGCUGAAUGCUGCUGUGGCUGUGGCUGUACUGGGGGCAGAGGGGGCUUGGUGGCCAGCCCCAGGGCAAGUGCACUGCUUAGCAAGCAAGCUAACUAAUGCUGAAAUAAUGUUCAUGUUCCACUACUCUUCUGUCAUGACAUAUUCUCCAGUAAAGUUAAUUGUUACACUUGCA